AUGGCCAUGCCCGCGGAGGCGGCCCGGGGUGUCCUGGGCUCCCUCCUGCGGGACUUCCCGUCCCCGCUGGGCCCGGAGGAUCCCCUGCCCUGGAGCGCGCAGGGCAGCGGCGCCCUCAGCAGGGCCGAGGCGCCGGGGGAGCUGGCCGAGCUGGCCAGGCGCUUCCUGGGCGGCAGGGAUGCACCGCCUCUUCUUGCAGCAUCUUUGAUCCAUGCUGCAAUUGAUGAAGUGCUACAGACUGAUCUUUCUGUUUUUAAGAAGCAGAGUGUGGAAGAGGAGGAAGAAGGAGACCAGGGGAAGUUCACCUUGCUGGAUGGAGGCUCUUUGCAACGCUGUUUCUUUAAUAAGCUGCGAGACAUCUGCUGUGAAUGGCAGAAGCAACUGCCAUCCCUGAAGUCACUGAAGCGCUUCCUGCUUAUUUCCAGCCAUGCCAUCCGCAACGUCCGCCGGAAAAUGGAGGACAGACAUGUUUCUCUCCCAGAAUUCAAUCAGCUCUUCGGCUUGUCGGAUGACGUUGAUCGAGCAUACUUUGCUGUAUUUGAUGGCCAUGGUGGAGUGGAUGCCGCCAAUUAUGCAGCAACUCAUUUGCACAUAAAUGUUGCAUUACACAAGGAGAUUCUUAAGAACCCAACUGAGGCUUUGAAAAGCUCUUUCCAGCAAACUGAUGAAAUGUUCCUUUUCAAAGCUGAAAGAGAGAGGCUGCGGAGUGGUACAACAGGUGUCUCUGCCUUAAUUGUAGGGAACAGGUUACACAUAGCCUGGGUUGGAGACUCCCAGGUAAUGUUGGUGCAGCAGGGAAAAGCUGUGACCCUGAUGGAACCUCACAAACCUGAAAGAGAAGAUGAGAGAAUGCGUAUAGAAGCCCUAGGUGGCUGUGUGACCUACAUGGACUGCUGGCGGGUCAAUGGAACCCUUGCUGUUUCCAGGGCUAUUGGUGAUCUAUAUCAGAAGCCCUAUAUCUCUGGAAAUGCAGAUGGUAAUUCAUUUGAGCUGACAGGUUCUGAAGAUUACUUGCUCCUGGCCUGCGAUGGAUUCUUUGAUGCCAUCAGACCAUAUGACGUGGUGGAUCUGGUCCUAGAUCACUUAAAGCAAAACAAAGGAGAUGGUCUCAAGGCAGCAGAGAGACUGGUGUCUGCAGCAAAAGAAAAUGGAUCCAGUGACAACAUCACUGUCUUGGUGGUCUUCUUAAGGGAUCCCCGAGACAUCUUGGCAGACUGCUUGAGAGACCCUAAAAGCCUCAGUAUUGAUGAGGGUGCAGAGGAUUCACCCUUUAACUUUUUCAGCUCUGAGAUGAACAAUCAGAGCGACAGCCACACAACGACAAAAUUUUAACUCACAUAUGUUCCACAAAAGAAAUUUUCUUUCCAUUGAAGAAGCCUCUAGUAGGAUGGGUAAAAUGUCAGGAAUAAGGUGAUCAAAAUUCCACAAAGAAAAAUGUCAGAGCUCAUCUUACUAUAUCCAUUGUCCCCUCUUCCCCUGAAACAGCUGAGCAGGCUGGAAGACUUGUGCAGCUACUUCUUCCCUGGAAAUAGUUUUAAAGUGUUUGCCAGGUUGCCAGUUCAUGUCCCUCUGUCCUGGAGGUGGUAAGGAACGUAUAAGCUAAUGGAGGAGAAUACUUAUUUGUAUUAUGCUUAUUUGGGUUCUGCUUUAAUUUAAAAUAGUGCUUAAAACAGAAAGCUAACAUGCACAUAGUUAAUUGUAAUGUUACCUAUUUUGGGGUGGGGUGGGGAAAGCCAUCAUCAAAGAGAAGCUUUUUACUGCACACUAUCUCUAUGAACAGGUUCAGUAUUCUAGAGGAUCAGGUGUCCAGGAGUGGGAUCUUGUGUUCUUCCUUAUAUACCCUCAGAGACCUCUCAACUUCAUCAUUUGGUACCAAAGACAACAUUGUGAAAGAGGGUGAUGUAAUAUAAACCUCAUCCUUUUAAAGAGCAAUUUAACUUUUUGUAUUUAUGGGGAAAAUAAAAUGAAACACUUAAGGAGGGAAACUAGGAAUAUCCCAGACAGAAGAAGCAAUUUGUAGUUAAUUACUUUCUGGCAUGGUUUAGUAAUUAAUUUAAUUGACUGAUAUGGAAAGACUAACUUUAGAGUAAGGGUGAAUUAUUUCUGUGACACAAACACACUUUAUUAGCUCUUUGGUAACCUGAAAAGAGAGGACACUUGCUGACUGUGUUUGAAAGGGGUCCAUAGAAAUUGUGUGUAUAUGCUCUGCCAAUUCAAUAGGCCCUGUACUUGCC